AUGGUACAUGAUGAUAUUCAAUUGCCUGAGCAGCGGAGAAUUCUCAUGACAGUUCCGUUUUCUUUGGUUGAACAAGAAAACUAUAAUCAACUUUUUGAGGAUUUCCUCGCCUCUGUUUGUCUUGACAUAAAUGGGAAUCCUGUUCUUGAGGACUGGGAUCCAUCGCCAACAAUUUUAGCUUAUAUGCGUUCUUGGCUCGUGAGGUUAAGACAAGUUUGCAGCAAUCCUCAGAUUGGAAACCUAAAUCUCAAUUCAAAGCGCUACCGCUCAAGGAAUUCAUCCUACAAUAAUCGUAUUGUUGCAACAGUACAGCAAUUAAAGACUUUAGAUAAGGUCUUGGAUGAUAUGUUGGAGAAGGCUUCUGACCAGAUCACCGAAGCUGAAAGAUCGAUAAUUCUGACUUAUGUUGAGGUGGGACAAUUUUUGGAGUUCAUCUUACUUCCCGAAGAUGCAUUAGGCUUUCUAAGUGUCGGUUCCUAUGAAGCAGAAAAGGUGAUUCAUCGGUUGAAGCUCGUUCUAAAGAAGACUGCCUCGAAGUAUCAAGAACUACGCAAGCGAGAGAACCUCACUCCUCUUGACGAUGACGACGAUUUCGACACAAUAGACGAGUCAGAAUCUUCCGCAAGUAAGAAGAAACAUGAAGGUAGUGAGAUCAUUUUCAAGUACGAGGAGCAAAUACGCACCAUUCGUAUGAAGAUUAGAUCAUGGUUGACGUUGUUGCACAAAUUCUACUUUCUUAUUGCGUCGUGCCAUUUUCAGUGCUAUGAUGCUGAGUAUGGUGAAAAGAUUGAAAAACUACAAUUAAAGUCAUUUAAGGUAUCCAGUCUGCUAUAUCGUAUCAAGGAAAAUGAUUUCACGGACGAGGUGGCCUCUUUCAUUAGUGAAAUUCCUCAAGAGCAACUUCAAACAAGUCCAAGGACAACCUCAGAUGUCAAGGGUAAUAAAGAAGAGACACACCGUGCUUUAGAACAGCAGUAUUACGAUUUUGCGGAACACACCCGGCAGGAUCUUUUAAAGGGAUCCAUUAAAUCAGUCGAGAAGGUUGUCAAACUGAGAAUUACAAACAGAGGGUGGUAUGAUGACAAUGGAAAGCUAAAGGAGGACAACGGGGAUGUUUUGCUUCCUAAAACUUCUCGUAAGUUUUUCCGGUUUGCUCCUACUAUCAACGUUAGCCAUUUGAAGGAUGAAACUGUCGGCAUAAGACAAACACUUUAUUUUGACAAGGUGAAAAGAAUCAGCGAUCAACUCAAUGCACAGGCUUUGGUGAUUAAUAAGUGGAUGUCAACGCUUGUGGAAAUUCUUUGCAAACCUCUUGUGAGCCACGACAAAGAUCCCAAUGGUGAAGAAUACGAACAAUCCAUUGUGGAUCAAGACUUGGCAUCGUGUUACUUGCAUGCUUUGACACAAAUUUUGCUGGAUAGAGGUGAAUCUGUUAAUGGAAAUGAAAAUGCCACGAAAAUUACCACUAUACAAAAGAGCCAGGAAAAAAAGGAGUUUGAGCUAGAAGCAAGCAGAGUCCAUGACAAAGAUUUUUUGGAACAGUUACAGGCCGAGAGACUCGCAGUCAAAGUCAACGUUCGAAGCUCCUUGCAGGAGCUUGUUUUAGAGUUGAGACAACUAGAGAACGAAACAGAGGGUGAAGAAAUCUUGGAUCGUGAAGCCACUCAAGUGUAUCAUGAAAUGUUAAACUCAAUGGGGCAGAAGAUCCGAAACAUUUUCGAGAACCAAAAGCUUGCCUUGGUGCUUUUACAAAGAGAACUCAACUUGUCUUGUAAUGCAGUAUUCAAUUCGAGAAUUGACUACUUCAAGCAGCUUCAGUUGAUUUCUGACAGUGUCAAGACGAAGCACUUUAGCAUGGAUCAAGAAGCACUUGAUCUUAAGUUGGUUCAACGCCAACAGCAGAGCUAUAUCAAUCUUUCUUCCAAUUUGAGCAUCAAAAAAGGUAAGGCUAUAGCCAAGUUUCGGUACCUCAAAUCGUUAUCCGGAGGCACAAUGUCCAAUGAACCCAAAAAUAAUGAAGAAUUGAUGUGUAUUAUAUGUCGUUCUACAAUCACUAUCGGGUCUUUGACUCAGUGUGGACACAAGUACUGCAAGGAAUGUUUGGAACGGUGGCUAGUCACUCUGAAGACAUGUCCCUUGUGUAAGACUGCCAUUAAUGCAUCGACAGUAUACAAUUUCACACAUUAUAAGCCCGACUUGAAAGCCAACAAAAUCGCAGAUCGACACAAACCAGCCAAAAAUCUACAUUCCAUUUAUCAUCCUGUUGACAAUGUGGUAGUUGAAGAUAUUCAGAAUAUUGAACUCAAGAACUUUUACAGUUCGAAAGUAGAUACCAUUGUGAGACAUGUUUUAUAUCUCAGGAGUCAGAAUCCUCGAGUUCAGAUUGUUAUUUUCAGUCAAUGGCAAGAUCUCUUGUACAUUUUAGGCACAGCUUUCAAGGCUGCGGACAUAUCUUACUUGGGAUCUUAUGGAACUCUCACACCAGAAGUUGGCUCGGGUCGUCGUCGUAACAAGUAUGAUAGUGUUGAGGAGUUUAAGGAUCCAAGCAAUAACAUUACAUGUUUUUUGUUAAACGCCAAAGCACAAGCAAGUGGGUUGACCUUGAUCAAUGCCACCCACAUAUUUUUGUGUGAACCAUUGGUGAAUGCAUCUUUGGAGUUGCAAGCAAUUUCCCGUAUUCAUAGAAUUGGCCAAACCAAAGUCACCACCGUAUGGUUGUUUGCUAUUGAAAACACGGUUGAGGAGAGUAUUUUGUUGAUGUCGACGAAUAAGAGACUUGGCUAUUUGGAGUCCAAAGACGGCGACAUAGCUGGGAGAAUUUCGCAAUCAUCAGAGCGAGAUUUGACGAAGGCUGAAUCUAUGGCACUAAUGACCAGUGGAGGAAUUGACACGAUGAUUAAUAAGGGGAAUGGAGAGGGAGAAACUGUCACGAAUAACGACUUAUGGAGCGCCUUCUUUUGUGCACAAACAAAUGAAUCAUCAAAGGCAGGUUUCAAACUAGGGACAUAA